AUGGCAACACAUUUGGAAAAAAGGGAAACAGAUGGUCCUUGGCCACAACCAGCGUUGGUAAAUAUAAGUUCAAUUCCAUUUAGUUUUCAUUUGCAGUUGUCAAAAUUUCGUAAGAUGUAUACUGCCUUGGAUUUUCAAAAAGAUUCUUUAGUGUUUCAGUUUAAAUAAUAUUUAAUCACUGCAACAAGACAUGUUUUGCAUGCGAGACAAAUGCAAUUUUUAUGUAUCUUUAAAAAACUGUUCAUUUUUUAUUAUUCAGUCUGGUGCUACAAUAACGAUUAAAUAAUAAAUAGCUACUGUGUCAUCAUCUUCAUAUAAAAUUGAAGAAACAUUUGUCAUGAAGCUAACUAUUUUAUUUAAUUUUCUACCGUUCAAGCUCUUGCAGUAUACAACCAUAGCCCAUCUGCUUAGGAAGCAUUAGGCAGCAUUAGUAUUACUUUCCCGCUCCAAGGUGUUAAAAAAGGUUUUAAAGGAUGGUGCCAAGCAGCCUGGUAUUGAUCACCUUUACUUUCAAAGUCAGGAGGAGAAGUUUAAGGAGUACCGAAAAAAUCGUGAAAGUGCUGGUCAUUCCUGCCCACUUGGAAUGGGAGUAUUGAUGUGGGAUGAGGUGAAAGUAAGAGACAACGACUGGUUUUAUCAUUGGAUUCAUAAGUUUUUACGCCUGGCUGUUUUUGUUAGGUAAACUAAAUUAUGUCAGUACUGUAAACCAAAGUCUCAUUUUAUAUGCUGAUAUUUAUUUCUGCUCUACUAUGUCUUAAUCUACCUUUCAGAUCCAAGAUCCAUGAAAGUAGCAUAGAAUCUGAAAGGUGGUGAAAUAACAGGCUUUACCAUGACAGAAGAUGAACUGCCUACACUGCAUGAUGUUUACUCAUCUGUCAUCCAGAGUGCUUUUGAGAAGGCCAGUUAUAUAUUGUAUAGUUUCUUUGGUGCGAUCUGACAUCUGGUUAUGAUAUGAUUGCCCCUACUUCCUGGUACCAAAUUCAGUGGAUGCAAACAUCUUGCAGCAGCUCUUAAUGCUAAAAUCAUCCAAUGCAUAUGGUUUUCAAGUUCCAUAGUCCUGAGUGAUGGAGCUUCAUCAAACCUGACACUUCUGAAGAUGUUAUGUGGCUACUUUGAAGCCGUACUGCCAGUGAACGAUGCUGCAGAAGAUUUAAGGGCGAGGUAUUUCGUUGACAUGUCAUUUACCAAUCCUGAGGAUUCCAGUGGUAAUCCAGUGUUUGCAAUGAUCUGCCCAAGUCAUCAGGUACUAAUUAUGUGUUGUUUCUGGUAGAUCUUUGUUAAUUUAUCUGGUAACUUUGUAUUACCUGCUUACUCUACUCAGAGGAAAAAUUUCUUUGUUCUACAAACUUUUUUGAUCAGUUAAAGAACAUGAUAGCGGCCUUAUACAGUUCCAGACCAAGGGUUCCACAAAACUUAUUCUUGGUGGAGUGGAGUUUAGCUGGGAGACAAUUGGAAAAACCUAUAGUUGAGAGAUGGCUUGAGCAGAGCAAGAUCUCAGUCGCAAUGUACCUGGCCUAA